AUGAGUUUCACCGGGUCGUUAAUCUUGAGCGGUAUUGGCGGCUUGAUGUAUAAAUAUGGUGGCCAACAGGCAGUCAAAGAGGAGGAUCUACCUGUAGGGACACGUGGGCUAACUCUUGGCUUCAUUCAGGUGAGGAUCAAGGUUGUGAAAGAACGCUGGGGAAGAGUGUCAACCAAUUUUUGGAACACGUUGGUGCGCAGUGGCGGUUAUAAAUACCCAUUUCGAGGCGUUUCUGAAAUGUUUAGGUCAAGUAUAUACGUCUACCAUUGGGGUAGAGCUUUUGCGUUUUACGUUGCAUUGUACUUGACCGUGGCUUUUGUUUACUUCAUCACUAUUUUACCUGUGUAUUUGGCACUUUUGGCAUUCUGCGGACCCAUUGGCUUCGCUAUCGCCUAUUUGCAUUUCCUGUUACACUCCAAUAUGCUAACUAUGCUGGUGGUCCGGUUCACACAAUUGAACAAUACCUUGUUUGAUCUGACGUUGACCCACAAUGGGAAAGACGUCUUUGUCAAACGGGCCCUUGAUAGUCCAACAUUACCCAUCAGAUACUACAUCCCUAUGAACACGUACUAUUUCUGGUUCAAUCACUUGCCAUGGAGACUAACAGUGCACUUCAUUCAAUUCAUUGCGCUACUGACGCUCUUGCUCAUUUCCCUCAUUCCAAUUUUGGGACCCAUCACCUUCAACGCGCUUAUCUCGCCAUUUAUUGCCAGACUUUAUUUCUCGAGGUUUUUACGUCUCAAGAAAUUGGACAACAAACGUAGGGACGAUGAGUUUUAUUUCAAUCUGGGUUUGUACAUUUCCUUUGGAUUCGUGGCAGGUCAAUUAGAAAUAAUUCCAUUCGUGUCUGGCUUAAUCUAUUCCUCCAAUAGUGUCGGAGGUGGGCUCUGUGCGAUUGCUGCACUUGACGCCGAAGUUGCCGCUCCAGCUAUUUCCAAUCAAAAUGGCACCACUGGUGAAGUUCGUGAACCCACUGUUGCAUGA